AUGGCCGUGUCGCUCAAGUCGCUCAUGUCAUCGGUCCUGGGCAGCCAGCGCUCCAACGGCACCACGCCCGGACGAGGCCCGCCGGCCGUGACGGAGCUCUUCUCCAAGACGGACCCGGCGGCCGACGGCGACGAGUGCCUGCACGACUGCGACGGCUGCACGGUGCGCUACCCGCGCGGCUUCUCCGUCGACGUCGACGACCGGCUCUACGGCCAGAUCAAAGCGUGGAGCACGCACCUGCUCGUGGGCACCGGCAAGACGGACUGGGUCCGCGACGUGACCCACGAAAAGGGCAGCGUCAUGGAGGCGGUCGAAAAGGCCGACGCCCCAAGUAACGGGAGACUGAUGCUGUCGGCGUCCAACAUGCCCACCCCCCACGACACCAGUGACUACUCGGAGCCCACCACCGUCCUCCUCCUCCCGGCCUUUACCCUCGUCCACAACGUCCAUCCGCUCAACGUGCCGACCCUCCUCGGCGACCUCGUCGACAAGGCCCCGACCAGUAUCUCGCCCCUAGAUUUCGCGGCCCUGCCUCGCUCCUUACCCAGCCGGGACCCGUCCAUCCCCGCCCUCACCACCGCGCCCUGUCCGCAUAGCGCCGUCAUCCUCAUGUGCAGCCAAAGGACCCGCGAUGCCCGCUGCGGCCAGAGCGCGCCGCUGCUGAGAAAGGAGUUUGAGCGCCAUCUGCGGCCGCUGGGCCUGUAUCGCGACCUGCACGACGAGCGGCCCGGCGGGGUGGGCAUCUACUUUAUCAGCCACGUUGGUGGCCACAAGUACUCAGCCAACGUCAUGGUUUACCGGCGGCCCAACGCGUUUGGGCAGGAUGAGGGCGAUAGCAAGGAGCCCGUCGGCGGUGGCGAGGCGGCCAACGGCCAUGGCGAGACGGACCAGGGCGCGGCGCAAUGCAUCUGGCUGGCGCGCGUGAGACCUGAAGACUGCGAGAAUCUAGUCAGGUACACGGUGCUCAAGGGCAAGGUGGUCAAACCCGAAAGCCAGCUCAGGGGAGGCUUCGACAGAGUAAAGGGGCUGACCAGCUGGUAA